CUCCUAUGUUUGUUAUUCUUUUUCAAUUUUUAUUCAUUUCUACUAUUUUAUAUCUCAUCUAUUGUUAUCAACCAUCGAAAAGUGAAAAAACCUAGAGUUAGGGUUAGGGUUUGGGUUUUCCAAAUUCUGUUUCCUUUAUCAAUUAGUUAGCUUCAAUGGAAGAAAUUACAGAGGGAGUUAACAACAUCAACUUGGCAGGAGAUCUACACAAGAAAAAUCGUAUUCAAGUCUCCAACACCAAAAAGCCCUUGUUUUUCUAUGUCAAUCUCGCCAAGAGGUAUAUGCAGCAGCACAAUGAGGUGGAGCUGUCUGCUCUUGGAAUGGCUAUUGCUACUGUUGUGACUGUUGCUGAAAUUCUGAAGAACAAUGGAUUGGCUAUUGAAAGGAAAAUCAUGACUUCCACUGUUGAUAUGAAAGAUGAAUCAAGAGGACGGCCUGUCCAGAAAGCUAAGAUUGAGAUACUGCUGGGGAAGACUGAAAACUUUGAUGAAUUGAUGGCAGCUGCUGCUGAAGAGAGAGAUAUUGUAGAUGGUGAAGAGCAGAGUUGAAAUCGGGUUGUUUCCUAUUAUCUGAAUGGAUUUGUUUUUUAUGAACUACUACUGAUCAUCACAUUUAAUUAGUGCAUUUCUUAGAUUUUAGGUGUGCUUUGAGAUGUGAUCUUGAAUGGGUUCAUAGGUGUGAAAUUUUUAUUGUGCUGGAGGAAUCUAAACAAAAUCCGCGUGCUAUGCAAGAUUCAAUUUUGUUA